CCGUGUUCGUCCUGUCAUUCCGCAUCAUGGGCGUGUGCCUGUGCGUGCUCAUCGGCUGGAUGUUCGCCUGCAUCGGCCUCUACGGAAUGACCGAGGAGGAGCGCAACCAGCCGCUCAGAGGCUGGCGCAGGCGGCUGCGCGUGGUGCUGUUGCUCUGCACCCGCACCGUGUUUUUCUCGGCCGGCUUCCCGUGGGUGACGGUGCGCGGCCGGCGCGCCUCGGCGCGCGACGCGCCCAUCAUCGCCGUGGCGCCGCACUCGAGCUACUUUGACGUGCUGCCCGUGAUCGUCAUGGCGGCGCCCAGUGUGGUGGCCAAGAUCGAGACGUCGCGCGCCGCCAUGUUUGGCAAGCUGAUCGACUACACCCAGCCGGUGUACGUGUCGCGAGAAGACCCCAACUCGCGCCAGAACACCAUCCGCGAGAUCCAGCGGCGCGCUCACAGCAACGGCCAGUGGCCGCAGGCGGCGCUGAUGACCGUGUUCGUCCUGUCGUUCCGCAUCAUGGGCGUGUGCCUGUGCGUGCUCAUCGGCUGGAUGUUCGCCUGCAUCGGCCUCUACGGAAUGACCGAGGAGGAGCGCAACCAGCCGCUCAGAGGCUGGCGCAGGCGGCUGCGCGUGGUGCUGUUGCUCUGCACCCGCACCGUGUUUUUCUCGGCCGGCUUCCCGUGGGUGACGGUGCGCGGCCGGCGCGCCUCGGCGCGCGACGCGCCCAUCAUCGCCGUGGCGCCGCACUCGAGCUACUUUGACGUGCUGCCCGUGAUCGUCAUGGCGGCGCCCAGUGUGGUGGCCAAGAUCGAGACGUCGCGCGCCGCCAUGUUUGGCAAGCUGAUCGACUACACCCAGCCGGUGUACGUGUCGCGAGAAGACCCCAACUCGCGCCAGAACACCAUCCGCGAGAUCCAGCGGCGCGCCCACAGCAACGGCCAGUGGCCGCAGGUAUACUCGUAUGUUCGGGAGCCGUGGUCGGCAGCGGGUGCGCACUGCCGAGCUGACCGGACCGGUCCUGGCGUCCGAUCGCCAGCCGGCGAGGGAGGGCCGACCACGGCGCUGCAGUCCGCUGCAGGAGCCAAUCGCCUCCUGCCGCCGCCGUUGUCAACGGCGCUGAAGAAGUCAAUAGACGAAACCGGUACGCCCUUAAUGUAACUGUUUUAAUAGUUUGAUUCGUAGAGCCUGGAGGUUAAUGUACUCUCGAUACAAGAAGCGUGUUGUUUACUGCGUCUUGACGAGAGGAACACGAUGCCACUAAAAGUAGGCUAUUGCAAGUUUUGAGUCAAAAAGUUAUUUAAAGGGACUAUCCCAC